UAAAAGCAAUAUGGAGCCGUUUUCAGUCAAUUAGUUUGUUUCGAAAACUGCCAACAGCAGCAGCAGCAGCAGCAGCCCGCGCCACCGCUUGGUGUGAGAGAGAGCUGGUGUCCUUUUUGUGCGUGUGUGAGAUUGUGUGUGUGUGUGUGUGCGCAGCACGAACAGCCUUCCCCGUUCGUCUAAACAGUCUGCCGAGGUGUCGACAAUACUACAAAGCCAAGACAAACUUCACCUCCCUCGUGUCCCAAUAGACGCAUCGCAAAACCAAAUUUCUAAACGUGAUUCGCGUGAUUGGGUCCUCUCGACUGUUUCGACGUGUGCAGAGAGUAGUGUUCGACGCGUGCACAGGUGCAUCCAGCCCAAAACGCCAUCUCACCCGUCGCCAGAAAACGUUCCAGCAAGGAGAAACGUUCCCUGAAGCAGCGAAUGUUUGCCCAGCAGCCUCUGACAGUGGAGAAUUUGGUGAAAAAGUGACUCAGUGGUCAGUUUUCUGACAAAAUUUCUACAACGAACUCAUUGCCAAAAUUUAAAAAAAAAACUCUAUCGAAACAAUUGCGCUGCCUGCUAGUAACUGCUGUUUGCAAGUGUCCUGACAACGCUAAUCCUGAAACGUCUCGCAAGUGCCAAACGUGUUGUGUCCUACGAAGGUGCAAAACAAAGCUGUGAACGCUAGUACCGAGAAGCCAAGAAGAUCAACGAGAUCUGAUCAUCGCCCGGAAGUAGAAGAAAGCGUGGCAGUGCCUGUGUAACGACCUACUCGCGAUCACCUUACCGACACCAUGGGUACCCUGCCGCAGCUGGCCGUCGUCAAGGGAAAGCUGUGUCCGCUGCAGCCGACCUUACUGCACCGUACCUUCGAAUCGAACGUUGACAAAUUCUGCGGCACCGACACGGCUCUCAUCUACAACGACGAGGAUGGACGCGGCGAGGUGCAGAUCAACUACCAUGCGCUCAACUCGACGGCCAACCGGCUGGCCACGGCCAUGCUGCACCGCAUCAAGGAGCAGGCCCGGUCGCAGCCCAACACCGACGGCGACUACAUUGUGGCGGUCUGUAUGCAUCCGACCGACCGGCUCGUGACGACGCUGCUGGCGAUCUGGAAGGCGGGCGCGGCCUACCUGCCGAUCGAUCCGACCUUCCCGCCGAACCGCAUCCAGCACAUACUGGGCGAGGCGAAGCCGGCGCUGGUCGUGUACGAUGCCGACUACGACAAUGCGGCCAUCUUUGGCAAGACGCCCGCGGUCAGCUAUGCCGAGCUGCGCAAGCGGGCGAGCGACCUGAGCAACGCCAACAUCCGGCCGGAAGCGAUGCUUGGCAAGGGCGAAGCGCAGCUCGCCCUCGUACUGUACACGUCGGGCAGUACCGGUGUGCCGAAAGGUGUUCGGCUCAAUCACGAAACCAUCCUGAACCGCCUGCAAUGGCAGUGGGGCCGCUUCCCGUACUCGGCCACCGAGCGGAUCGGCGUGUUCAAGACCGCCCUCACGUUCGUCGACUCGGUGAGCGAAAUUUGGGGCCCGCUGCUGAACGGCAUGGCGAUCGUGAUCGUGCCGAAGCGCAUCACCAACAAUCCGGAAAAGCUCGUCGACCUGCUCGAGCGCUAUCGCAUCGAACGGUUGGUCCUGGUGCCGACGCUGCUCCGUUCGCUGCUGCUCUAUCUGCCGCUCCAGCAGCAGCAACACCAACAGCCACAGUCCGGUUCGACCAAGCUGCUGUACCACCUGCGCAUCUGGGUGUGUUCCGGCGAACCGUUGCAGAUUUCGCUGGCACGUGAGUUCUUCGACUACUUCCAGGAGGGUGUGCAUCAGCUCUGUAACUUCUACGGCUCGACCGAGGUGAUGGGCGACGUGACGUACUUCGUGUGCGAGUCGCGGAAGCAGCUGGAAGGUUACGAAAAGGUCCCGAUCGGUUACCCGCUGGACAACACGACGAUCUACAUCAUGAGCCCCGAUCUGCGCCCGGUGCGGACGGAGGAGAUCGGCGAGCUGUACGUGGCCGGGCUCAAUCUGGCCGAGGGGUACGUGAACGGGCGCGACCCGGACCGGUUCAUUGACAAUCCGCUGGCGAUCGAUCCGUCGUUCGGCCGGUUGUACAAAACGGGCGACUAUGCGUCGGUCAGCAAGGGCUGUGUGUACUAUCAGGGGCGCAUGGACUCGCAGAUCAAGAUCCGGGGACAUCGGGUCGAUCUGUCCGAGGUGGAAGCGAAUUUGCUCGGGCUGGCCGGCGUCGACAAGGGCAUUGUGUUGUGCUACCGGGCGGGUGAGAUCGACCAGGCACUGCUGGGCUUUGUGACGCUGGAACAGGGCGCUCCCUUCCAGACGGGCCUGCAGGUGGAGGCGGCCCUCGGCGACAAGCUGGCCCACUACAUGAUCCCGCAGGUGGUGCUGCUUGAAAGCAUCCCGCUGCUCGUGAACGGCAAGAUCGACCGUCAAACGCUGCUGAAGAUGUACGAAAGCACCAACAACAACGACGAUACACAGAUCGAGAUCGAGUACGACUACAGUGACGUGCCGGCCGGUCGCCUGACCGUCGCGAAGGAUCUGUUCGAAACGGUCGGCCAGGUGAUUGGUCGCUCGACGCGGGCCAAGAUCUGUCUCGACAGCAACUUCUACGAGCUCGGUGGCAACUCGCUCAACUCCAUCAUUACCGUGACGCAGCUGUGCGGCAAGGGCUACCCGAUCAGCAUUACCACCUUUAUUGGGGCGAAGAAUUUGGGCGAAAUUCUCGACAAAAUCUGUGCCGACGAGCGGGAGCUAGCGAAGCACCAGCUCGAGUCUGCGAACGGCAAUGCGGAGGAGGGCGAGUUCGAUUACCGCAUGCAGCUGACGGCGUACCCGCUGGCACUCGAGCACAAGAGCGACACGAUCAACAUCAUCACGUCGAGCUUCUUCGAGAAGGCGGACCUGGAGCAGUGGCUCAAGCCGCAGAUCCACGAAACCGACUACCGGGACAUCCUGGAGGACAUCUGGACGGUGCUGAUCGAGAAGGGCCUCAGCUUCAUCGUAAAGGACGAGACGGGCCGCCCGGUAGGCGUUUCGCUCAACUUUGACGCGCACGACGAGCCGGAAGUGACCGUCACGAGCAAGCUGAUCAUUGUGUUUGAGUUUUUGGAGUUCGUCGAAGGACCGAUCCGUGAUAGCCAGCUGCCCACCGGCAAGAACCAGAUACUGCACUCCUUCAUGAUGGGCACGUGUGCGGAGCUGUCCGCGCAGGAAAACAUCGAGGCGAUGCACUUCAUGGAGAGCGAGGUGCUGAAGCUGGCCCGGCGGCGAAACUUUGCCGGCAUCUUCACCACCAACACCAACCCGCUCACCCAGCAGCUCGGCUCGAACGUGUACCGCUACCAGACGAUGCUCGACUAUCAGGUCAACCAGUUCGUGUACAGUGCGGACGGCACGAGACCGUUCGCGGCCGCCCCGGACAGCCAGCGGGCCGUCGUGCACUGGAAGGACAUUCGGUGUGCGUAAUGCGUGUGGCCCCGUUCCCCCCCCCCCCCCCCCC